CUCUUCCUCCUUCCAGCCACGACCCCCGUGGCCGGCCGGCCUGUCCAAGGCAGCGGAGACGGAGUGUCUGGGAUGUCGGGGUCUGAGGGCUCCGCAGCCCCUUUGGGGGCCCUGGAUGCAGCCGCCGCGGUGGCAGCAAAGAUCAAUGCCAUGCUAAUGGCCAAAGGGAAGCUGAAACCGUCAACCAAUUCGACGGACAAGCUCCAAGCUCCAGGGAAAGGCCCAGCCACAAGUAAAAGCAAAGACGACCUCGUUGUAGCAGAAGUGGAAAUCAAUGACGUGCCCCUGACGUGCAGAAACCUCCUGACCAGAGGACAAACUCAGGACGAGAUCAGCAGGCUGAGCGGUGCAGCAGUCUCCACUCGUGGCAGGUACAUGACUGCGGAAGAGAAAGCAAAAGUCGGACCUGGAGACCGUCCGCUGUACUUGCACGUCCAGGGUCAGACGCGAGAGCUGGUGGACAGAGCUGUCAACCGAAUUAAAGAGAUCAUCACGAACGGCGUGGUCAAAGCGGCUACGGGGUCCAGCCCCACUUUCAAUGGCGCCACCGUUACCGUCUACCACCAGCCCGCCCCCAUCACUCAGCUGCCCCCAGCCGUGGGACAGAAGCCUCCAUUCCAGUCCGGAGGGAUGCAUUAUGUCCAGGACAAGUUGUUUGUGGGUCUGGAACACGCCGUGCCGACCUUCAGCGUCAAGGAGAAGGUCGAAGGCCCGGGCUGUUCCUACUUGCAGCACAUCCAGAUUGAGACCGGCGCCAAGGUUUUCCUGCGUGGGAAAGGGUCUGGGUGCAUCGAGCCCGCCUCAGGCCGGGAAGCCUUCGAGCCGAUGUACAUUUACAUCAGCCAUCCAAAACCAGAAGGUCUCGCAGCUGCCAAAAAACUGUGUGAAAAUCUACUGCAAACCGUUCAUGCUGAAUACUCACGAUUCGUGAACCAAAUAACCACGGCAGUGCCCUUAACAGGUCUAACUCGUGGGCCCUCACUGAACCCCCCCCCCCCCCCGCCGCCGUAUUACCCGCCAAAUGGCUUCCAGGCCGGCUACCCCGUGGUUCCACCGCCUCAGCAGCCUGUUCAGCCCCCCUACGGCGUACCGGGCAUCGUGCCUCCCGCGGUCCCCCUGGCGCCGGGCGUGCUGGCGCUGCCCACCGGAGUCCCACCCGUGCCCACCCAGUACCCGAUCACGCAAGUGCAGCCUCCGGCUAGCACCGGCCAGACUCCUCUGAGCACCCCGUUCCUUCCGGCCGCCCCCGUGAAAACGACCCUGCCAGCCGGCACGCAGCCGCAGGUUCAGCCGCAGUCCCAGCAGGGCCAAAAGAGGCGUUUCACCGAAGAGCUGCCAGAUGAGCGGGAAUCCGGGCUGCUGGGAUACCAGGUACAGGCUUCUCCGGUCAGGCCGAGAUGGACGGAGCAGGGUCGAAGCCAGCGGGUUCCUCAGGAAAGGAGAGAGAGAGGGACAGGCAGCUGAUGCCUCCGCCGUCUUUGCCAGUGUCGGGGAUGAAGGUGGAUCCCGAAGACAGAAACGGGUCCUUAGUGGGCG